AUGGAAAUCCACUUGUGGAUCAGAAGGCACAGAAAAGUUAAACUGAGUUUAUGGGAUAUAUCAAAGGUGAAUGAGCGCCAGGAUGAAGAGCUGGUUUGGGGAAUAGAAGGGGAAAAAUCAGGGUUCACCCUUUUCAGCUUAUCACAAGUAUUGGAGGCUACAAGUAACUUCUCAGACGAAAACAAACUUGGACAAGGUGGAUUUGGUCCUGUAUACAAGGGACAGUUUCCUGAUGGGUUGGAGGUAGCAGUUAAGAGACUUGCUUCCCAUUCUGGGCAAGGUUUCACAGAGUUCAAAAAUGAAAUCCAACUCAUAGCCAACCUGCAGCACAGAAAUCUGGUUAGGCUGUUGGGAUGUUGCUCUCAGGGAGAGGACAAAAUGCUAGUCUAUGAAUAUUUGCCAAAUAAAAGCUUGGAUUUCUUCAUCUUCGAUGAAGCAAGAAAAGCUUUACUAAACUGGAAUAAACGGCUGACAAUAAUCGAAGGAAUAGCACAAGGACUGCUGUAUUUGCAUAAACACUCUCGUUUACGUGUUAUACAUAGAGAUGUUAAAGCCGGCAACAUUCUCUUGGACUCUGGAAUGAAUCCUAAAAUUUCAGAUUUUGGGCUUGCAAAAUUGUCUAGCUCUGACGAUACUGAAGGGAACACAAAAAGGGUGGUUGGGACAUAUGGUUAUAUGGCUCCUGAGUAUGCUUCUGAAGGCCUCUUUUCAAUAAAAUCUGACGUGUUCAGCUUCGGCGUCCUAGUUCUCGAGAUCAUUGCUGGGAAGAAAAAUUCUGGUUUCCAUCUGCAUGGGGACUUUUUUAACCUUCUUGGAUAUGCAUGGCAGUUAUGGAAGGAAAAAAGAUGGCUCCAACUCGCUGAUGCAUCAGUAGUCACAGAUUGUUGUACAUUAGCGAUAAUGAGAUGCGUUAACAUUGCUCUGCUGUGUGUUCAAGAGAACGCGGCUGAUAGACCCACCACGUCAGAUGUCGUUGCUAUGCUAAGCAGUGAGAGUAUGAGCCUGCCCGAGCCUAAGCACCCUGCGUAUUUCCACGUGAGGGUGACAAAGGAAGAGGCGUCUACAGGUGCUGAGCCAUGUAGCAUAAACAACGUGACUAUGACUACCCCUAGAGGUAGAUAGUAUUUUGGUUUUCUCCAGAUGAGGAACCUUGGUCGAAAUUUUAUAUGUAUGUAAAAACUCUGAGAUUUAGAGUUAACAAAACCUGUAUCCUGAACGGCGUUCGCUUCUGCUAAAGUUGAGAGAGAGUGCUCUAAAUUGCAAUUAGCUCUAUAUGCCAAAUCACUUAGUCAAUGAAAUCUGAGUCCAUGUAUUGUUAUUCAUCCUGUAUCUGUUUCCAUAUCAGUUGCAGAAACAUAAGCAGAAAGGUAGCAAAAUGGCAAUGCUACUGAAUAUGUGACCCUUUAGCAAA